AUGAGUAGCAACGAAGAAGGAAAAUCCACCAAAUCUGAUAAUCCAUCGACAGUUGCUCCUGAGCAGAGCAAUGUUCAUGUGUAUCAUCAUGACUGGGCUGCUAUGCAGGCAUAUUAUGGUCACAGAGUUGCUAUACCUCAGUAUUACAACUCAAAUGUAGCGCCAGGUCACGCUCCACCUCCUUAUAUGUGGGCGUCUCCAUCGCCUAUGAUGCCUCCUUACGGACCACCAUAUCCGCCAUUUUGCCCACCUGGUGCAGUUUAUGCUCAUCCCGGUGUUCAAAUGGGUUCACAACCACAAGGUCCUGUUUCUCAAGCAACACCUAGUGUUACAACUCCUUUGAGCAUGGAUGCUCCAGCUAACUCACCGGGAAACACGGAUCAUGGUUUCAUGAAAAAAUUGAAAGAAUUUGAUGGACUUGCAAUGUCAAUAAGCAAUAAUAAUAAAGCUGGGAGUGGUGAACAUAGCAGUGAACAUAGGAGUUCUCAAAGCUCUCAGAAUGAUGAUUCUAGCAAUGGUAGUGAUGGUAAUACAACCGGGGGAGAACAAUCCAAGAGGAAAAGAAGCCGGGAAGGAUCACCAACUACCGAUGGAAGAACUUUAUCUCAAACCAGCCCUCCUCUUAGAGAUGAAAAUGAGAAACCUGCAACGAUUAUGUUGACUUCUGUUAUGCCCAUAUCAAUGGAUUUCCAAAACUCUGGUUGCGUACCACAGCCGCGCCAUGGUGCUUCCACUGAAGUCUGGGGAAAGAAUGAAAAAGAGCUUAAACGAGAGAAGAGAAAACAGUCGAACCGAGAAUCUGCUAGAAGGUCGAGGCUGAGGAAGCAGGCUGAAACUGAAGAACUCUCUGUCAAAGUUGAUGCACUAGUAGCUGAGAACAUGACGCUUAGGUCCAAACUAAGCCAAUUAAACGAAAAGUCCGAGAAACUACGGCUGGAGAACGAAGCUUUAGUGGAUCAACUGAAAUCGGUGCAGACACAAGCAACAGCGGGGAAAACAGCGAACCUUAUAUCUCGAGUUGAUAAGAACGCGGAACAUCAAAUGUUAAAUGCAAAUCCAAGAACCGAUCCAGUUGCAGCUAGUUAG